AUGGCUAAACUUACACCAAGUCAAGAACGUGAAUUGCGUGAUGCAUUCGAUCUUUUUGAUAGCGAUCAUUCAGGAAAAAUUUCCAAAACAGAACUUAGACAAGUUUUAAAGGCAUUAAAUAUAGCCGCUACUGAUGCAGAAUUACAAAAAUUAAUGGCACAAAUGGACACUAAUCGUAGUGGUGAUAUUGAUUAUAAUGAAUUUAAAAAUGUUAUGGCGAAAUCAUUUUUUAGAAAAUAUUCUAGAAAGGAAUUAUUAGAUGCAUUUAAAAACUUUGAUACAGAUGGUAAUGGUUAUAUAACAACCAAUGAGCUUGAUAAUAUUUUAUCACGUAUGGGACGACAUUUAACUCGACCUGAACUUGAAUCAAUGAUUUCAUCAUUGGAUACAAGUGGUGAUGGAAAAGUUUCAUUUGAAGAAUUUUGUAGAUUAUUUGAUUAA